AUGGAUUCCAAGGACACGCAAAAGUUGCUUAAGGAGCACCGAAUUCCCUCCAUCGAUGUCGGCUGGCUGGUCAGGCCCAACGCCUCCGCCCUCAGGCACGAGAGGUCCAAGUCGACGGCUGAGAGCGUGGCCCCCGACGUCCAGAUGGACACUGCUCACUCGUCCGUCUUCGACAAGUCUGUAGACACGUCUUGCGGCAUUCUCUCCCCAAACGAUAGGGUGCGCCGCCACUCCGUGGCGGCGGCCGCUCUGAUGAACAACCAGCACAUCACUGUUGCCCCCACCGCGCCCUCCACGAACUUCCCCUCCGGUAGAGGACGGUCCAAGUCCGUGGUAGAGAUCACGAUGCCAGGCUCCGGCGUUGACGCCGAUGCUGACGCUGGACUUCGCCACCACCAUCACCACCAUCACCAUCAUGCGGAAGACGCAGCUUCGUCACCUGCCCCCAAGAAGAUCGGUUUCUUCAAGAGUUUAUUUGGCAAAAGGAAGGGAGAACAAGAGCAGCAGAAGCGCGAAAAAGACAAGGAGGAGGAACAAGAACAAAACCGCUCGCCCUCCCCGGGCCACGUGAACCGCAACUCCAUAAGAAGAGAACGAACCGCAACCAUUUCUGCUGAGUCACCUCCGCCCUUGCAGUACGUGGCCCCGCCGUCGUACAACGACACCGUGGUGCCGCUGACGAGGUCCAAGACUGAAUCCGAGGUGUACUACGAGAACCAUCCGCAGAACAACACCCACGGUCACAUCCACACGCAACACACUUUCGAUGAAGGCCAAACUGACUGCAGCUCCCCCAUAGAUGGCGCCGCCUGCAGCGGAACUCGUCCUGACCCGAGGUUGAUGGAUUUCUUGCGGUACUACAAAUCUAAGGACUGCAAAUUAGCCGCCUUUAAAGAGGGGAACUUCCUGCAAUCCACGCCCUCGUCGCCGAUCAAGAGAAACACACGGGCCUCGUUUUCCCUUCAGAAUGACAGACAAUUGCCCCCCAAGUUAGCCGCCCGCCAGAAAUUCGACGUUAAGGGCAGACCUAUCCCGCCGCAUCCGGACAAACCGAGGUUGGCGCCCGCCUUCAAGAAGAAGAAGCAACCAGUCGCUAUGGCAUCGUUGGAGGCCGUGGACUCUAACUCAGACGUCUCGUCCUCCGCGCAGAACAACAACGCGGCGCCCUCUUCUCACAAGUUCGGCGCAUUUCUCAGAAAGGUUACCUCUUACGGGAACAACGCCUCAUCCUCCUCCGCCAAUACCAACAACCUGCUCAAUGCCUCGUCCACGUCCGUAUGGUCUGCCAACUCGCUCGAGUUCGACCCUGCAAAGAUAACCGUCGUGCCCGGGCUUGAGUACGUCAAGCCCUUGAAACACGUCUCCUUUGCCACGAACACCUACUUCAACGACCCUCCACAGCAGAUCUGUAGUAAGAACCCCAGAAGAGGCGAAGUGGAGGUGAAGCCCAACGGGUCCGUCGUUAUACACAGACUGACACCGCAAGAGAGGAAGAAAAUUAUGGAGUCGACAAGCCUGGGCGUCGUCGUUGGGGGCACUGGCCAAUUGAAGCUGCUAAAUCCAGAAGAGGACGACAUCAACGCCAAGAGCAAAGAGGAGAUGGCUCCGCAAAGGCAAAACGCAGCCGAAGCGCCCGAUGAGGAAGAUGGCAACCCGCAGAGAAGAAACAUCGUUAUGGCUGCCGCAGAAGCCGCCGCAGAAGCCAGAGCCAAAGAGGCCCCCAACGAGUUGAAGCGUAUUGUCACGAACAAUGAGGAGGAAGUCAUCGUUAGUAAGACCGCGUGUCAUUUAACCAUUGAUAAGCCGAUGAUCUCAAGAAGGGGUGCUUCCACAACCUCUCUGGCCUCCAUGGUGUCGAGUGAUACUAAUGGCACGAACGCAGAUGACGAGAAGGAGACCAUGCCCCCACCCAACCAAAAGAUCCCCCACGAUAUCGUGUAUACCCGCUGCUGUCAUUUAAGAGAAAUUUUGCCAAUACCGGCCACUUUGAAACAGUUGAAAAAGGGCUCCACCGACCCCAUCCCCAUCUUACAAUUGCGUAACCCAAGACCCUCCAUGGUGGAAAUUUGGUCAUUUAGCGACUUCUUGAGUGUGGCCCCCGUUUUGUGUCUUUCGUUGGACGGUGUGCAAUUAACGGUGCAAAUGCUCAGAAUCAUUUUGAGUUCUUUGAUUUACAACCCGCAUUUCCAAAAACUGUCCUUGAGAAACACUUUCCUGGAUGAAGAAGGCUGGAAAAUGUUAUGCUAUUUUGUCUCCAAGGCCAGGUCUUUGCAUUCCAUCGAUUUGACCAUGGUCCCCUCCAUCAAGACAAAUGUACAGAAGCCCUCCAAGUCCUCUUUGAAGUCAACCAUCCUCAGAAUGCAGUGCAAUACAGACGACAGGUCCGACAUGAAUUGGGAUCUCUUGACUGCUUCCAUCGCCCUUAGAGGCGGUUUGGACGAAAUCGUGAUUUCGGGGGCAAAAAUGAAUGGAGCACAAUUCAAAAAUUUUAUCCUUGUCGCUUGUAUCGCUACCGAAAGACUGGGCCUGGCUUAUAAUGGCUUGUCCAAGAGUCAAUGUGACGAUCUGGCCAGUUGGGUGGUGCAAUCCGAAGUGACAGGUUUGGAUAUCGGAUUCAAUGAUCUGAAUGGGAAACUAUCGUCCUUCACUAAUGCUGUCCUGGGCAAAAUUCAAAAGGUCAACGAAAAAAACGUCUUCAAGUUUCUAUCUUUAAAUGGAACAAAUUUAGAAGUAAAGGAACACGAUACUUAUGAAAACAACGAGGUUUUGAAAUUGAUCAGUGUCCUGUGCUAUUCAGAAAACCUGAAGUUCUUAGAUAUCUCGAACAACCCUGCAAUCUUUCCGUACUGUGUCCCGACACUAAUUGAUUUUCUACCCGUUUUCGUCAACUUGGUCCGUUUACAAAUCGACUACAAUAAUUUAAGCUCCACCAGUGUGGUUAUGUUGGCUGAAGUAUUGCCCAUGUGUUCGAGACUGAGUUACUUCUCCAUGUUGGGGACAGAAUUGGAUCUGGCAUCCUCUAAAGCCCUAGCGGAAGCCGUGAGAAAGAGCUCAUCGUUGAUGACCUUGGACGUGGAUUACGCUUACAUGCCAGAGAAUAUCAAGGAAAAAAUUUCACUAUAUGCCAUGAGAAACAUUCAAGGUGAAUUGAAAAGAGUUCAAAACGACGACAAAGAUAUCAAAGACACUCAAUUUUCAAGUUUACAAGACCAACUAUCGCUUUUAUUAACUGAAAAGGCAGACGAUUCCGAACACUAUAAAAAAAUGGUCGAAAACUUCAUGGCCAAAAUCGCAUUGGCCCGUAUCAAGAUCAGUAAAGUGGUUCACGACCUUUUCGAUUUAAAACUUAAUGGUCAAUUAAAUUUGGAAGGCAAAGAAGCUUUGAUUAGAUUGUGUUUCAUCGAGGCAAGUUUGGAAAGAGGUUCCGACUUAUUAAGACAAAGACAUCAUAAUGCUUUGAAACCACGAAGCUCAUUCUCGGCAAACCAAACAGACGCAAAUUCAGAAAGUUGUCAAAGAAUGUUAUUGAGUUCGUCUAUCCUACAAAAUUCAGACCAUAUUGCCCUGAUGCCAUUUGGCAGUGCACUAGUCGAAAAAUCUAGCGCGGACGCAGAAGAUGCUGUAGAGUUUAGAGAAGGCGAUGAUUCAAAUACCAACCAUGAAGAGGGCCCAGCUAAUGAUCUACAAGCCCAAGAUCAAGUCGAUAUUAAGAAUAAAUACUCUAUCAUCAAAAAAGAACUAGAACACGAAAAGCUUGUUGGCGGUGGGGAUUUACCAGUGGACAAAGACAUUCUAAAUCGCGCCGCUCAAUCCCUUGAUAGUGAUCAAAUCAAAGAAUUUUUGUUGAAAAAUGACGUUUCUACUAUCUUGGGUGUUAUUGACGAAUUGCAUAGCCAGGGAUAUCAUUUGCAUCAUAUUUUCAAAAAGCAGGGAAACCAAUCUGAUAAACAAGAAGACGCUACCCUUCAAGCGAAGGAUGCGCCAGACCAGUCCCAAGCUGACAAUUCAAGUGAUAACAUAUCUCCUACGACCGACCAAACAUCAACAGGGUCUGCCAGUGCCAAGACGAACAAUAAUGCCCAUGUUCCUCCCACUGAUGCACCUGGAUUUAACAAAUUUAUGGACAAUGCAGAGGAGAAUGCCAUCGAUGCUGCUUAUGAUGAUGUGCUAGAUAAAAUCCAGAAUGCGCGGAACAGUAAUACUAAAUAA